AUGUUUGGGUGCAGCCUCAAGAAAUUGAGCUUGGCCGCUGGGCUAAUUGCCCAUGCAUUGGCCGACUUGAACACCUCAGAGAAUACCACUCAUAUCUCCCUCUCCAAUGACCGAUUCGCUGUCGUUCUAGCCAAGUCUAGUGGCCAUAUCAUCGACGCAACACUUGAUGGACAGGACCUACUUGGUCCUCUUAGUGGAAACUCGGGCAAAGGGCCCUACCUUGACUGUUCUUGUACUCCAUCCGGGUUCUGGACACCAGGAAGCACUGCACAGCUUCGUGUCAUCAAGGGCACUGAUUCGAGUGGAACGAAGUAUGGAGGAAUUGUCAUGAGUGACACAUUCAAGCCCACUAAUCAGACACUUUCCCAAUACUUCUUCCUUCGUGGCGAGGAGACGGGCCUGCAUGCUUUCACUCGUCUCACCUACUUCAAUGCAUCUACACCAUUCCUCCGCGACUUGGGUGAACUUCGCACGCUUUUCAGACCAAACACAAAGCUCUGGACCCACUUCUCGACGAGCGAAGGCAACUAUGGACCUCUCCCUGAUGCGGCAGGUGCCCUUACGGUACAAGAUGCGACUUGGUAUGUCGGCGACAAAACCAGCGACCCGUACGUGGAGCAGUACUCGGACUAUUGGACCAAGUACAGUCUUUCAGAAAGCUGGCGAAACCACGAUGUCCACGGAGAGUUCAGCGAUGGGUCCACCAGCAACGAUGGAAGUACGUUUGGUGCAUGGUUGGUCCACAACACCCGCGAGACAUACUACGGCGGUCCCCUGCACUCGGACCUUGUUGUAGAUGGUAUCGUAUACAACUACAUGGUAUCAGGACAUCAUGGAGCACCACAACCUAACAUCACCCAUGGUUUCGAUCGAACAUGGGGUCCUCAAUUCUACUACUUCAACAAAGGCAGUAAGGACACAACGUUGGCGGAAUUGAGAGCCGAUGCUGCCAAGUACGCUAAUCCUGAAUGGAAUGCGAAAUUUUAUGACAGUAUCGCUCAUCACGUGCCCAACUUUGCUCCUUCUGCUAAGAGGACUAAGUACAGCGGCAAAGUCAAUCUUCCUAAGAACGCAAAGAGACCGCUCAUCGUUUUGUCCGAGAAUAAGCAGGACUUUCAGCUCAAUGUUUUCAACACGCAAUCACUUCAAUACUGGGCUGAAAUUGACAAGUCUGGAGCAUACAGCAUCCCCCAGGUUGUUGAAGGAACUUACAGAGUCACCAUCUAUGCCGAUGGGGUCUUUGGCUGGUACAUCAAAGAUGAUAUCCGUGUAUCCAAAUCCCACAACAAGGGCACAUUCACAUGGCGCGAAGAGAACGCCGGUAAAGAACUUUGGCGUAUCGGAACCCCCGACAAAUCAUCAGGGGAAUAUCUUCAUGGCUAUGCACCUGAUACUUCCAAACCGCUUGCACCAGAGCAGUAUCGAAUUUACUGGGGCAAGUACGACUUCGAGAAGGACUUUCCAAAGGGAGUGAACUUUCACAUUGGCAAGGAUGACGAAGCAAAAGAUCUCAACUACGUACACUGGUCGUUCUUUGCCGCCAAGGGUAAUCAUCUUCGCUCCGAGAACUACUAUGACAACGUCAAUAAUUGGACCGUUACAUUCGACCUCAGCAAGAAUCAGCUGAAAAACGUCAAAACAGCUACUUUUACCGUUCAGAUUGCGGGAACCAGAGCAGGCAAUGGAAAUGCCAAGUGGACACCCGUCAACGAUAGAUUCAACAGCAACUUGCCAUGGACCGUAAAUGUCAACGGAGGAUACGAAGACACGUGGGUGAUACCUUAUUGGCGAAGCGGAAGCUGCGCUGUUCGUAGCGCUGUUGCGUGUCAGAACAUUGAGCACAAGUUUCAGUUCCCCACGUCCAAGUUGAAGCAGGGCAAGAAUGAGUUUGUGCUGAGUUUACCUUUCAAUGCUACGAGUAUCGAGACGGCUUUGUUGCCUGAUACGCUGUAUGUCCAGUAUGAUGCACUUAGAUUAGAGGUUAAGUGA